CGUCGUGUGGCCGUUGCCUGCAGUGCGUGUCGCCCGCCGCUAACGUUCUCGUCCUCCGCCUCCGCGGUCGGCCCGUAUACCGCGUUUCGUGUGCGCGCACGAAAAUCUUUCUUUCGGUUUAGCGUCGCGGUUAGUAGCUGCGUUCUCUGUUCGUCUCUCGUCUUUCCGCCGACAAUAAUAUUUAAAUAUUACAAUUACGGGAAUAGAUAAAUCCAUCUGCGGCUUAUCGUUGUUAUUUGAUAUUUCGGUUGUAAUAACCGACCGACUCGAGUCGUGUAUCGUCGUCGAGUUCACGCGGACGUCCGAACGCCGAUCACGCCGCCGCCGCCGCCGCCGUCCGAAUCUUGCACGUGGCCCGCGACACUACGCAUCUUAUCUAUAAUUAUUUUACCUCGUCAAACAAACGCGGAAACGCGGUGACACAUUAUUACACAACACAAUAUAGGCAACAUAUUGUGCCGUACGACAGAUAAUCGGCGGCCGUCGUACCAGACGAGUCCGCCACGAUGAUCGGUUCGCGCUAUAGCGUGGGCGUCGUUGCGGUCGUCGCGCCGCAAGCGUUGUCGUCGUCGUCGCGGACGAUACGCGGAAUCUGCUGCUGCACUCGUGUCGCCGUCCGGCCGGGUCACCAACAACAACAACGACAAUAGUGCGUUACUCCGCGGAAACGGGCCGAUUCCGAAAAUCAAUAACAAUAAUUAUUGUUGUUAUUAUUGUCAUUUAUCCGAUCAUAAUAUUAUAAUAAUCGAAGAUACGCGAGUGCUUGAUACUGUGGACAGGGUCGUCGAUUCGAGAUAUUCACCACGCACGGCACGUAACUGCGACCGCAGAGCGUACGAGAUGUCGCAGGAGUCUCAAAGUCCACUAGGCCAAUGGAGCAAUAAAUACAGUUCCGUUUUGGCCACGCUUGGUUGUACUUUGGGAGCCUUCAACAUCAGUCGGUUCGCCAUACUCGCAGUACAAUUUGGAGCCAACUUUAUACUACAGUUCCUAGUGUUAUCGUUGCUAGUCGGCAUACCUCUGUUUACGUUUCACAGUUCACUCGGCCAAUUACUAGGCGCCGGGGUCAUGGACAUGUGGAGGAUAUCACCGAUAUUCAAGGGGAUCGGCAUCGCACUGCUUCUGGCCCAGGCGUUCAUCGGCACAUACACCGUGAUUGGCAUCUCGUGGAUGUUCACAUAUUUUCGCGAUUCGUUCAUCACGAAACAAGACGUUUACCGUUGGGCAGAACCGAUCGAAGAGUACAAAGAAGACGGCAUGCCCUGGACUUUGUCUUCAAAUGUCAGCUACAACAUCGAAGAGACAGUACCGGGUUACUUUAAUGGCAUAGUUCUGCAGAGAAAGUACUUGGAAAAACUCGAGAUGAACGACAAUUCUUUGAAGUUGCCCGUAGUUAUCAACCUGACGAUCAUAUGGACAAUAGUGUUCAUAUGUUUAAGUAAAGGUCUGAAGUCGUACAGUAAGGUGAUAUGCAUAUUCUCACUGGUACCGGUUUUCGGUAUGUUCAUGUUGUGCACGAAGAUGUUGGGGUUAGCGCCAAUGAUCGGGUUCCAGCAUCAUGACAUUUUCCCGGAAACGGAUUGGAGCGAGUUUUUUCUCAACACCAAGAGUUGGGUGGCGGCGUUCACUGAGACGUUUCUCACGUGGGGCAUACUCGGCGCGUGCACAAUGCAAAUCACUUCGCACAAUCGACCGAAGCAUUUACUGCACAGAGACGCUUCGUUAGUGAUUAUCCUAACAAUAGCUGUACUCGUAUUGGCCGCAUUUUUAGCCAACACGUGCGUACAUCUCCUCGAAGCCCACGGAUACAUGUACCUGCCUAGUUCUUUCGAACGGAUGAGUUCCUAUACGUUUCUGUUCAAGCAGAAUUCCGCUCAGGCCCGCAAACACUUAACGCCCGUGCGAUGGAUGCAGCACAGCAGUCUGUUCAUGGGCGAGAGGACGAUGAAGAACAACGUUCCGGGGAUGCCGCAGGAGAGCGGAUACCAGGCCAUGCGCUUAGCGACUGAACUGUUUCCGGCCACGUUCGCCAUGAUCGGCGCCAAGAACAUCUCACCGUUCUGGUCCGUCCUGUUUUAUUUCGUGCUCAUCAUGUUUGGCAUUGGACAACAAAUCGCGAUAUGGCACUGUGUUGUCAGUGGGAUCAUAUCUUUGCAUCCGUUCAAGCUGAGGAAAUGGCGUACAACGAUCACAUUUCUGUCGUGUGCGGCCGCAUUUUCGAUCGGUCUAUUUAUGGCGACUGAACUGGGAAUUUUCAUCGUGUACUUGAUGGACUACUGCGUCGGAUGUGGUUGGUGGAUAAUGAUACUGUAUUUGCUGGAAAUCGGAGCCUUGUUCAUGGUGCGCGGUCGUCCAUACAGCGGUGAGACGGUAGUGGCAACGCUGUUUUCGCAGGCCAACCAUCACCUUCAGGUGUGGAUGGCGCCGAUGCUGUCGUUCGACUGGAACAUCGUCGUGCCAGUGGCUCUAAUCCUCCUCAGCACGUCCGUGUUCAAAAACGGCGGAUACCGGUGGCUAUACAAUUGGAAAAGCGUGUCUCAGUCCACGUAUUGGUCGUCGUCCAGCCGGGAGUUUGGCUGUUUGUUGCAGAUCGUCCCUCUGCUCAUCGUCCCGUUCGCCGGAAUCGUGCAGACUUGCCGGUACCUGGCCACCGGACCCCCGGACUUGUUCGACCGGAUCCAGAUGCUGUACCGGCCAGUGAUCGAGACCCGCAGACCACCGGAAAGCAGCGAGGCGACGUCCGAGGUGGGCGUGAAUGGUUCAGCGGCCGUGCAGAUCGAAGACCCGCCGCCCAAGUACACGCCGCCGCCGUCAUAUUCCACGGCCACCGGAGCAAGAAUCGCGAAAAUGUUGCGGCAGAGCAUCCGGCGGAGCGUGCGCAGAUUGGCGCACGUACUCGGCAACCACCAUCAGUCGGCGAUACUCGGUGAAUCUUCUUCGUCGUCUUCGUCGGCCGCCGCGCGUACCGUCCAAGCGGCGACGACGUCUUCGCACCACCAUCAGCAGACCACGGUCCUCUCGGGGACGACACAACCGCCGCUGCCGACGUCGUCUCCACCGCCCGACUACACGACCGUGCUAGUUGAGAUGAACAGGGACGACGACGACGCCGUUUCCGUCACGCGGACUGUUUGCGGCGAAUCGUCGUCCGCAUCCAGUCUGUCCGACGAGCAGAGCACCAGCAUCGAGUGUCUGAUGGAACGGGCCGCGCCCAUCAACGUGGACCGGACAGGACCUGUAGCAGCUACGGCGGCGGCGUCGCAGUAGUCCUGCGCGAGGAAAUCGCGAAUCUAUAUCAUAUUAUGAAAUACCUCUACCGCCGUCGUGCCGAGAGCAAAGCCGUUUGCGCGUGGCUUUGCGGGAAUGUAAAUACAUUUUUGUAAAUAGGAAUUCAAUCGAUCGUUUUUUUAUGUUUACAAAAAAAAUAAAAAACAAAAUGACUGUGAUAAUUUUUUUUUUAUUAUUAUUAUUAUUUAAUAAUUAUUUUUAUUUGAAUUAUUAUUUUUUAUACGCUCGAAUAAUAUUGUCUUCAUUACAUUUUAGGAGCCAAUGCUUAGGUAUAUAAUAUGUAUAUAUUUUAUUAUAAUAAUAAUAAUAAUAAUAAUAGACACUGAUGAAUACUAUUAAUAAAUAAUAUAAUAAUUAUCGUAUUGUAUAAUAUAAUAUAA